CACUUGGAACACCUCGAGCUCAAACAUGGUGAAAAUCUUUUCCGUGGACUGGCUUGCCAAGAGCUACCAUGACUCCAAACAGGACCCGGAAACAGUGGAGACUUCUCAGGCUCCAUUAAGGCGACACGUGCCUUGUCUGGUUCAGCCACGACCUCCGACAUCUUACGACAAGGUUUACAUUCAGCCUAAGUUGAAAGGUAGCCGGAUUGAGGAGAACACAAGCACAGAGGAACAGAAGGACAAGGAAGGCAUCGUGAUUACGCACUCAGCUCAAAGGAACUGCACCUCUCCAAGCUCUUCAGAGAUCAGUGGUUACUCUUCUGGGUAUGAGAGCGAGGCCGCUACGUCCGAGUGCCCCACCAUUGAAGACGGAAGUGAGGGAGAGAGAGAUGGAGGCUCCCAACGCCGAAUCAGGACCAAAUUCACUCCUGAGCAAAUUGAAAAGUUGGAGAAAAUUUUUAGCAAACGCAAAUACCUGGAUACGAGUGAGAGGGUUAAAACCGCAAAGAAACUCAACCUAUCCGAAACUCAGGUACGCACUUGGUUUCAAAAUCGCAGAAUGAAACUGAAACGUGAGGUUCAGGAGUUGAGGGCUGAAUAUACGCUCCCAACUUUGCCUCACGUCCUCUUCCCACCGGUUCCUUCACUUCCUUUCCACUUCUCCGGACAGCGCGUGACCUUCCCCGCAACUUCGCACGUGCCGAACCCACGCGUGAUCCCAGCUAUCCCUGUUCACCACCGCGCUAUCCCGCACCAGCAGAUCAUUCCUCACCAAAGCCACCACAUGAUCCCCAUUCAACAUUACUACUAG